CCCCCCCCCCCCGGGACUGUUUAUCUAACCGUCGCCACCCCCGUCACAGCGCUCCACCGGAGCUGGGACCGGUCCCAAAACGACCGGCUAGCCUCCCCCGUACUAUCCCACCCCGUCGCCGCCGCUGGAACCGCCGGAUUUGGCCGGAAAAUCAAGAAAACCGGCCGGUUUCGUGAGCAAAUUUUCUCGAUCUUUUCGGACUUUUCCGGCCACCAAAUCUUGCAAUCCAGAAGACAACCCAAAUGUUCUACCUCAGCCGAAUUGAGCACACUCUGCGUCUGCCUCCUCAUCUGCUUAGCCUUCGUCUAGAAGAUGCAGUUAGGGGAGAGCUUGAGAAGCUUUUCUUAGAUAAGGUUAUCGCCAACUUGGGACUUUGCAUUUCUGUGCAUAGUAUCCAAUCCAUUAAGGACGGCUUUAUCUUACCUAAUGAUGGUCAUCCAACUUUUAGGGUGGAGUUCACACUGAUUAUGUUUCGUCCAUUUGUGGGAGAGAUAAUUGUUGCAAAACUUAAAGAAUCUACUGCAAAUGGUUUACGUCUGUCCCUUGAAUUUUUUGAUGAUAUUUAUGUACCUGUUCAUCUUUUGCCUGUUCCAUCCCAUUCCGUGCCUGACCCAGGAAAGAGGGAUAGGGUCAUGUGGAUAUGGAAGUUUCCUGAUUCAGAUGAAGAACUUGUUAUUGAUGGGAUAGACCAGAUAAAAUUCCAAGUUCACAGUGUGAACUUUCCUCCAAUUCCAAUUGAGCAGCCAGAAGACUCAAAACCAUUUGCCCCUAUGGUGGUUACAGGAUCAAUUGAUUUUGAUGGUUUGGGCCCUGUUUCGUGGUGGGUGGAUGCAGAAGAUAAGGAUGAAGAACCUGAAGAUCCUUAAGCUGACAGACCUUCAGCAAAGGGGGGCAACUUCUAUCAUGUUUCUCAUGAAUGUGUUUGAAGGCAUGAAUACAAUUUGAUUUGAGCUUGUAACUUCUUCAUUUUAGAUUAUACAUAAACUAUUGUAGUUCAAAUUAGCUUGAUGGGAAGGUGGACAAACUUUAGUGGUGUAGGGGGUAAGACAAUAUUUGUAUGAAUUCCAUUGUGAAUCAGCUUAGCUUGAGCCUUGGGGGGUUAGUGGUUUUGACCUGCCGCCCCAUUUGCAAUAUCUUGGGGAAACUGCUACUUGCACAUAUCUAAAUGUAAUUCUAGCAUCAAAGUGUUUCCUUUGAGUGUAGAAUUGUGAAAGCACUUGAUAGAGUAAAUGGACUUGUGUUUUUAUUUA